AUGUCCAUUCUUGCCAGACCGCUGAAGCGCAAGUUGCGCGAGAUUGAAGACUUAGAGGAGCGAAACGGGCCAGUCUCACGGCCUCCAAACCCCAGAAAUGGUGCUCCAAAGCAAGCAGCAGCAAACUGGCAUACUCCGCAAUUCCAAGUAAUAGAGGAUCCACAUUGGGCUGCUUCAUCUUUGCGAGAAUCAAACUCCAGUCGCCCGUCGCCUGUGCGCUUCGACAGUCCCCUCCAGGCGCAGAGAAAAUUCGAUCCGCAUGCGUCCAUUGUGUUGGUUGGGAUUCGCGGAACUGGCAAGUCCAGUCUUGCGGUUAUGCUGGCAGCAACAACAGGAAACAGAUUGAUCGAGGCAGACCGAUACUUUCAGCAAGUGACCGGACGCUCUCGAGCAGCGUUCAAAAACGAAUACGGCAUUACGGAGUAUCGCCAACAAGAAGCGAAUGUUAUGGAAUCGAUACUGAAUGAACACAAAAAGAGAUGUGUGAUUGUUUGCGGGCCCGGGUUUAUGGAACGCAGCGGACAAAUGUUGCUGAGAGAAUAUUCGAAAACCCACCCGGUCGUUCUCAUUUUACGGGAUUCGGAGAGCAUCCAAUCCUACCUAAAGGUGUAUGACAAUGAUAAGAUUCGUCGCUUUUUUGAACUGUCAGGGCCGAUCUAUCGUGCAUGCUCGAACCUGGAGUUCUUCAAUGUGUCUGAGAAAUGCGCUGGGGAGUAUACAGGGCAACAUCUAGAAUCCGAGGUUGACCAACGACACCAGAACCCUACACCAUUUCUGACGUUGAAGCGACUACAGCGCGACUUUCUUCGAUUUAUUGCGCUCGCAACAGGCGGCGCUACUGAUAUGUGCACCCAACAUGCUUCGUUCCCUCUUUCCAUGAUACCGGUCGAAUCCCGAACCUACACCUACGCAGUUUCAGUGCCGAUAUCUUCACUAUUAGAACGCUACAUGGAUAUUGAGGAUCUGGAAUGUGCAGCGGAUGCUUUCGAGCUGAAAGUCGAUGCGGAGAGCCCUCCCAAGGACCCCAGGGUAGAUUCGAGCUUCGCAGAUAAAAUCACCGAAACCGUUGCAACUAUCCGUCGCAGCAUCGUUGUCCCCAUGAUAUAUCAUGUGGAGAGCAAUAUCAGCGGACAAGCUGGAGGGAAUACACGACGUUCAGAGGGGGAGUACCUCAACCUGGUACAGCAUGGACUCCGACUCUCCCCCGGACUCGUCACAGUUGAUCUGGGCUAUGACGAUGCCUUGCUUUCACAGAUUAUUGCAUCGCGAGGAUCAAGUCGAGUGAUUGGCCACUAUGCCGCCCGUCAGCCUCUAUUUGAAGGCUGGGAUGGCCCAGAGUACAUGGCGCUAUAUGAAAGAGCCAAGAGACUAGGAUGCGAUAUGGUGAGGCUAUCUCAGCCAGCAACGACAAUGGAAGACAACUUCGCCGUCCAACGUUUCCAUCACCGAAUCAAAAAUCUCUCCGACUCUCAUCUACCUCUAACUGCCUACAACACGGCCCCAUUGGGUCGACUCUCCUGCUGCUUCAACCCCAUUUUAACACCGGUAGUCCACCCCUCCAUGGCAUCCGAAACUACAUCAAAAGACCUACCCUGCAUCACCAUCCACGAAGCACAAUCUGCCCUCUACUCCUCCUUCACCCUCGACCCAAUGCAAUACUUCGUCUUCGGCGCAAACGUCAACUACUCCCUUUCACCUACCAUGCACAACACCGCCUACAAACUUAUUGGUAUGCCCCACGUCUACGGCAUCCACCAAUCCCCAACCCUCCACGGCCUCAACGAACUCGUCGAGAACCCCCAUUUCGGAGGAACAAGCGUCAGCCUUCCCUACAAAACCGAAGCAAUUCCCCUCCUCCACUCGAUGUCGCCACACGCGCGUGCUAUUGGCGCCGUAAACACCCUUAUCCCAAUCCGCAACCUCGACGAGAAGGACAACACAAUCCUCACCUCACAACACUCUUCACUAUACCUCGAAAAGAGCCGCGCAGGGCCCAUAAAGGCUCUGCACGGCGACAACACUGACUGGAUCGGUAUCUGUAAUUGUUUCCGCAGGGGUCUCUCCCCAGCUAAUGCCGUCCGCCCUGCAUCAACGGGUCUCGUCAUCGGUGCAGGAGGUAUGGCCCGCGCAGCCGUAUACGCGAUGAUCCAUCUAGGCGUGCAAAACAUCUUCGUCUACAACCGGACUUUUGCAAAUGCUGAAAAAUUGGCGGUACACUACAAUCGACAGAAGAAUCUGGCUUCGAACUCGUCGCAGGGUUACGGCCAGGGUCGUCAGACGACGGUACAUGCUUCAUUGAAGUCGUUACAGGACCCCUGGCCGGCAGGGUAUAAGCAACCGACUGUCAUUGCGUCUUGUAUUCCAGCGCAUAGUAUCGCGGGACAACCAGCACCUUGCUUUGAGAUGCCGUCCCAGUGGCUUGAGAGUCCGACGGGUGGUGUUGUGGUUGAGUUAGCUUAUAAACCUCUCAACACACCCCUGAUUAAACAGAUGCGAUCUCUUUCCCACCGUGGCUGGGUGGCACUGGAUGGUCUUGAUGUUCUUCCCGAGCAGGGCUUCGCCCAGUUUGAGCUCUUUACUGGUCGCCGUGCACCACGUCGACUCAUGAGGACGAUUGUGUUAGAGGAAUACAAGGCAGAAGAGGGUCAGGAUGAUCCCAGUUUGAUCCAAAGCAGGCUGGAAAACAUGCACGGUCAGCCAACAUAG